AUGCUUCUCCCAAAGGGUGGUUUUAACUGGAAGGCUGCAAGGGCUAACCUCCCGCCGACGAGAGCCGUAUGGAGCUUCUUGACGCGGACGAGGUUCCUGUUGUGUAUUGCCAUCACAGGCGUUCUGCUCCUAUUAUGGCGUGGCAUAAGCACAUCAGCGUCUGAGAUGCAGAGUUUCUACUGCUGGGGUCCUUCAAAACCGCCAAUGGAGAUGACCCUCAACGAACAGGUCGCAUGGAGUAAGCACCUGCAGACACCCGUCCUCUUCAACCAUCACACGCCGAUACAUGUCAACUCCUCCACGGUUGAGCACGUCGACCUCAACCCGAUCGUGUCCACCAAAAAGGCGCUGCAGAACGAGGAACGGAUCCUCAUCCUGACGCCUCUGAAGGAUGCCGCUCCCUACCUCUCCAAAUACUUCGAGCUCCUCGCUGAGCUGACAUAUCCCCAUCACCUCAUCGAUGUCGCCUUCCUCGUCUCUGACUCCGCCGACGACACGAUGGCUGUCCUAGCCAUGGAGCUCGACAGGAUACAGAAGCGCCCCGACACCAUCCCCUUCCGGAGCGCCAUGGUUGUCGAGAAGGACUUUAAUUUUCACCUCAGCCAGAACGUUGAGGACCGCCACAGCUUCGAGGCACAGGGGCCACGUCGUAAGGCCAUGGGCAGGGCUCGCAACUACCUCCUCUCCGCCUCCUUAAAGCCCGAUCAUUCCUGGGUCUACUGGCGCGAUGUCGACAUCGUGGACAGCCCCAAGAAGAUCAUUGAGGACUUCAUCGCCCACGACCGCGACAUCCUUGUCCCCAAUAUUUGGUUCCACCGAUACAAGGAGGGUCGCGAUAUCGAAGGACGAUUUGACUACAAUUCCUGGGUUGAGUCGGCCAAGGGCCGCAAGCUUGCCUCGAAGCUGGACAAGGACAUCGUGCUUGCUGAAGGUUACAAGCAAUAUGACACCGGGCGCACCUACAUGGCGAAGAUGGGCGACUGGCGCGAUAACAAGGACGUCGAGCUCGAGCUGGACGGAAUUGGUGGCGUCAAUAUCCUGGUAAAGGCCGACGUGCAUAGAUCAGGCAUAAACUUUCCCGCGUACGCCUUCGAGAAUCAAGCCGAGACGGAGGGGUUCGCAAAGAUGGCCAAGCGAGCUGGGUACGAGGUCUACGGCCUGCCUAACUACGUGGUCUGGCAUAUCGACACGGAUGAGAAGCCUGGGAAUGCAUAG